UCGUGGCCGAUUUAGAAAAGUUCUCAAAAUACCAAAGGAAAAGUGUUAUUUUCUCUCAAUUUCCGGAAACCGAUCUGCAAAUACAUUGUACAUAUAGUUAUUGUAUUUGCUGGUCAUCGUACAGGGACUUACCUCUACUCUGCAGUCUUGGAUGAGACAUGUUUAUACCUCGUCUUCUAAAUGAGUGCAAGACGACGCCACACACCUAGUUCAAGCUUUGAGGUACCAAAUAAAGAGAAUUAUCCUCCAGCAGACAAGGGAUAUAACGGAUCAUACAAUAGCCCAGCGACAAAGACCUUUGCAGACGACAUGUCUUCGUGUCGAGACAGAACACCUGAGUUUCUGUCUGCAGUAAAAUCGUUGCAUUCUAGACAGCAAAAUGGUGUUGCAGUUCAAAAGAGAACCCCUCACAGAGAGAGGAGCGAGUUCAUGCAGCAUGCCAAACUUAUUGGGAGGAAUAUUUCAAACUCGUUUGCCAAACUGGAAAAGUUGACAAUACUGGCCAAAAGGAAAUCACUAUUCGAUGACAAGCCAGUUGAAAUCCAAGAGUUAACAUACAUCAUCAAACAGGACAUCAAUUCUUUGAACACAGAUAUAGCUCGUUUACAAGAGUUUGUGAAGUCACAGCGAGCCAUCAAUGGGAAACAUGUACAGUCACAUUCUAAUUCAGUGGUGGUAGCUUUACAGUCAAAGUUAGCAUCCAUGUCCAACGACUUCAAAACUGUGCUGGAAGUCAGAACACAGAACCUGAAGGACCAGAAGUCACGCCGAGAGCAGUUUUCCCAGUCUCCUGUUUCAUCGUCGUUACCUCCUUCAUCGAUGUCUGGACCGACGGGUUCAGUUCUGUUGAGUGAUGAGGCAAAAAGUGCAGGUGAUGUUGCAAUAGACAUGGAUCAGCCAAUGGAUAAAGAUCGUUAUCAACAACAGUUACAGUUAAUAGAUGAACAGGAUUCCUACAUACAAACACGGGCGGAUACAAUGCAAAAUAUAGAGCAGACGAUAGUUGAACUUGGUGGCAUAUUUACACAGUUGGCUCACAUGGUGAAGGAGCAGGAGGAAAUAGUACAGAGAAUUGAUGACCAUGUGGAUGAUACCCAGAUGAACAUUGAAGCAGCACAUGGAGAAAUAUUGAAAUAUUUCCAAACCGUCACGUCAAAUCGAUGGCUGAUGAUCAAGAUAUUUGGAGUCCUAAUUGUGUUCUUCAUCAUAUUUGUGGUGUUCAUGGCCUAAACAUCUAGCUGACUCCCCUAAAUUAUCAAUGGACUUUUCUGCUCACGUGGAUUUAUUGGUGUUGGGGAAGUUGGGUAUUUUUGUCUGAGGGGUGGUAGAUUCAACAGCAAGUUUCGCAGUUUACAUGUAUGAGCAGUAGACGUUGCAGGUAUCGAACUCGACAGGACCGGUUCUUUUUGUCCGUUAUAUACAAAAUCCUUCAGACAAAUCAUCAACAGACUUGGAUUCUUGGAACUUGGAAGGUCUUGACAUUCUAUGCCAGUAUCUCUUUUUUUGGAAUCGAUAUACGCCAUGUUUACUGCUUCUUGAAGCUCGGGUUCUGUGUUCAGACCCAAAUCCUUGAUCAAUUCUGUGUUGGAAUUUUCGAUUCUUUCCAAAUCGAAGAAAGCUUGUUUAUUAGUCACCCCCACGGGCCCCAGUUGUAAUACCAUGAAAGUGAUAUUGGUUUAUGAUUAUGAUGAACUACUUGCUUAUGUAUCAUUUUGUUGUUCAUUUCAUUUAAUGUUCGUGUCUGUUAUAUUUAUGGCUAUGUUGUGUUGGGCUAGAAUACAAAAUCAUACCUUGUUAAGGUAUUUUUUCUAAAAUUUUCAUGCUCUUGGUGGUGAGAAUCAUCUGAUGCUCACUUUGUGAUAAAUAGAACUUAGCUUUUGACAUGGCGCCCUAAACUUGUCUUCUGCCCCAACGCGUGCAUUACUUGAAAUCUCUUCGCACUUUGAUUUCACUUUUGCCUCCAAAAUUGCAAAAACGUCCCUGUCUAGGUUAAAUUAAAUCUUAGCUCUUUUUGAUUUGCUGACGAUAUGGUGUCAAGAACAUAGUUUAUGAAUGGAUCCAUGAUGCAAAGAUGCAGUUGGUGAUGCUGUGAAAUGUACAUGCAUGAAACAGUCUCAUUUCUGGUGCUAUUUUAGGUAGUCAUUGAUAGGUAUGAACUAUGAUGUCCGAAUGUAAAUAAUAUACCCAUGGUUUUCUCAGUUCAAGUUGAGGACAAAACCUUCUUGUUCUGUUGUCAUGAAGCUAGGUUCAGUCCGUGUGGAUUUCCUUUUUGAUGAAAUUCAUUCCUUAUUGAGUAAAUUUCUGUCCUUGCUGUGUGGCAAUGCAUAUUCAAAGGUACAGUCAAGGGGCUUAAAUCUGGCCAAAAUGCCUUGUUCAUCAAUCAGUUGAAUUAAAUGUAUACACUGAAUAGAAAGUUUUGGUUGCUUAUUUGGUUUUCAUGGUUCUCAUGGUUACAGGGUGGGCCUCAUUAUUCAUGAUGAUGCACUCUCAAUUAUUUUACAAUGUUGAUGUCCAUGUGCAGAAAAGUAACUCAUGACAGGUUUUCUUGUGGUGACUGAUUCAGCUCUCUGAGAUGAACUGUUGUCUGAGAAACAUUGCGUUCUGCUUGGGAACAGAUUGAAGCAAUAAUUGCUGGGUUGGGGAUUGUUUGUUUGGUUGUCAAAGUUGCCUUGUAAAGAUAACAAAGUGUGGUUAAUUAAUGUCUGCUUUUGUGGCCACAAGUCUUUUUCUUUUGACUAUCAAUUGUACAGUAAUGUCCUGUAAAAGUAAAUAAAACUCCUAAGUAUUUAUUAUCAAAGAA